AACCAGCCACCUCUUUGACCCCUAAUAUUCAAGAUGGCGGACACUCGGGCUGGUGGUGAGCGUGUGAUGCGUAAAGUCGACCUGGAACAGGACGUCCUGACAAACGAGGAACGCACCAUGAUGGACCGAAUGAACGCUCUACAGGCGGCUCGGGCUAUGGAGAGGAGUCGGGCGAGAUGGUUCAGGAGAAAUAUCAUUCUGGGGCUGGCUCUGGGAGGAGUUGUGCUGGGGACUUAUGGUUUCACAAUGUACAGAGUUCGACAGGAAACCUUUGAUGACGUCGUGCCAAUCAGCAAGGAAGGUCAAAGUUCAGGGGGCAGCUAGGUACAAAGGUCACAUGCCGGAGGUGAAAGUUGAUGGUGGGGAUCAUGAAUGCACAACAAGAGAACACAAGAACUUAUGUGUUAUGGGACAAGAACUGUCAGUAUCAUGUUGUAUACUGACAUGGCUGCAGACGGAAAAUUAGGAUUACCAAGAGGAAUGAACUGUUCUUGUGGUGGAUUGUUAGUAAUUGUCUUAGAUAAUAAUGAUACAGUUUGAAAUGUAAAGAAGAGUUCAGUAGGAAAGUGACCAACUUGUAUGACUUGUUAUGAACUUGAGCUUGCUUGAAAUUGCUGAGAGAGACUAAUAGUGGAUACUUUUCAUGUGAUGAUACAAA